AUGUCAGGCAUCGGCAAACCGCAGUAUUCUCGUUAUACCUCAGGAUAUCGAUCGCUGGUGAAAAGCAAGGACUAUUUGCAGGAGAUAACUGAGCAAGUUUCUUCGCUGGACCAUGAAAAUUACCAGGAUUUGUGUCCUGUGCAGGAUCCAACAGUGUCCGACGCGGUCAAGGCACAGCAGUGGAAGGCUCAUUCCCUCCAGAUGUGUGUUCUCUUGGAGGAUCAGGCUUCUGCACUCAGCAGUCGACCUCCAAGCCCAGAGAAUCCACCAUAUCUUGAUACCGACGAGGAAUUUAAGAUGGUGGAGCCCCUUGUAGAUGAGCCAAACUAUCAAAGCAAAGUGCUCAAGAAGAGCUUUGGUCCAUCCGCUCAGCAUAUCUUCUUCAAGAACGCCGAGUCACGGAGGAACCGGGAAAAUAAUUGGAUCCGCGUGGGAAUUCCCUCGUCAUGGUAUCGAUUUUAUCGUCUGGCCGAGUCAUCCGGCAUUGAGGCUGACAUCUCCCUGAGACAUUCAUUGAAUGGGAGAAGCCGCUGGAUAAUGGAUUUAUUCAAGACCGAGUGGAAGGCCAGGGAUCGAAAGUACUUGCAGCUUUGUAUCGAUUCCGUGUUGGAGUCACUGAAUCCGGGUUCUUCAAAGUUCAGAGGAGACCUCUUGGUCAUUCAUGGUGGAAAUCACGCCGAGGAUGGAGAGGCUUAUGUCGGCUUUCUAGGAGCAAUUGGACCGUCCAACAGAGAACACAACGCUGGUGAGCGAUUCUUCCGCUGCCAAGAUGUACUACUGAAACUCAGUCGAUUUGGCUUCGCAUUUCCUAAGUUCCGCGAUCGGGAGGGCAUCAGAGCUGGAUUAGGGUGUACCAGGGAAGAUCUUCCGUAUUCAAAGAAUCUACUGACUCCAGAGGAUCUCUCGAUUUCCUGCCAGAGAUUGACGAUCUUACCGAAGAAUGAGCGGAAAACUUUCAUCCUGGAGUUUAUCCGUGGAGGGAGAUGCAUAGGAACGUGUGUGUUCAUUGGAACUGAGCGAGAGCUCAAACUCAAAGUUGGCGAGUAUGCUCUAACUUCAGAAACUCAUGGUCUUAAAACCGCUGGAAACGUUUACAAGAGGGUACCUGGUCGCUCAUCUGAGUAUUUUCCAACUGCAGCAUCAUUACGACAGCACAAGGAGUCUACUCAAUCACAGUCAACCAACCGAGAAAAUCUUAACGCCCGGAAGAUGCUCAUUGCACAGAAGGUCGAGAAGCUCCGUUUGGCCCACGAAUCCAUGGUUGACGAGGUACAGAAUGUACCAGAAACACAGCGCAAGAUUCUGAGAUCGUUCCUGGAGUGCCGCGUUGCAGGGGAUCUCGAGCGUCGAAUCACUGCUAUGAAGGAUUACGUUUGGGAUAUGCGAGAUCAGAUGGCACGUCUUCGCGCUGUAUCUGAGCAGGCCCAACAGCUCGGGGUCCCCAGCGCCGAGCAGAGCAAUGCUGAACAAGAUCUUGCCUAUACUUUGUCACAAAUGAAGACUCGUCUUCUACGCAAAAGAACACAGGAGGGGGAAGAUUUCAGCGCACUCAUCAAGGAGAUGUGGGAUCUCGGUUUUGUAUUCCUGAGAAAUCCUUUGAGUAUCAUGUGGUCAGUGAUGGCAAAGAAUAAUGAGCGCGUAUUUGGAUGUAACGAUUGCGCUGGCUCUUUCAAAAUAUUGGAUCGUCAAUGUCAGUGCUUACGAAGAUACUUAGAAGUACGGGAACAAGUUCGCAAUUCUCACGAGCCAAAUCCAUGGGACUUCCACGUUUACGAGAGCCAAGAUGAGAAGGGGCGCCCAAUAACAGAGUUUCGCCAUUGCCCAGUUGUGCAGUUUACAGAGAUCUACAAUGGCUGUCUUCAGUGUCGCAGUAGACCCCGUUGCCAAGAAGGAAGUCAUGUUCUACCCUGUUUGACCUGUAUGCAGAGUGGUCCAUGUAACUGCCCCGUGGUCGGCGACUUGAACGAGUUGCCUCCAGAUCACCCUGUUCACCUACUCAUUGAUACAUCAACUCUCAAGCCUGGGGAGACUCUGCAGGAGGCUGACGCCAAGAAUUAUUUCGAUGCCAUGUCACUUCAGGGUCAGCCCGAUUUCCAAGCUACACGUUUACUCCAGGAUUUUGAACGUCGAAGCGCCUAUGUCACCGUCGAACCCGGGAAACCUGCAACCCUUACUGGGCCGGCCAUGUAUGUUCACCACGACAUUUCUGACGAGGAAGUGUCACUCUUGCGGCGCGAGACUCUCCCAAGACAAUCCGAGAAUCUUACCCAGGCUGAGGUAGCCGCAUGGGACAACAUGGAUCCCCCAUCCGCAGAGAGCAUCCAGGAGGAAACAGUUCCACCAUUCCCCAAGAAGCAGACCCGUGAGAUAGUCACAGAAGUGGCAAUUCCGGAGGAGGAAGAGAACCCAGAGGAGGACGGUGUGGAUCUUGUUAAUUUCCGAGAGGGUCCAUACUAUGCAACAAGCGUUCUUCCAACAGAAGAGCUCCUAGACAACGAAGACUUCAUCGAUGUGAUGAACGAACAGCCUGAGAACUUUUCUCGGCUCGCCAGAGAGAGGGUUGAGCUUCAUCGUAAUCUGGACGACGAGCACACUACUAAGGGCUUUACUGUCCUCCCAGAUUAUGUAUUGCCCUUUGAUGGUCAUGCCGAUGGUUCAUAUCCUGAGAAUGGAGUUCCUCAGCAUCGGAGUACAAGCGAGGAGCAGUUAUCUACAACCACCUUUGCUAUCUAUACGACUCCAAUGCGGGCGGACGACAUCAAUCCAGGGGAUUUCCAGCGCAUCAAGGAGAGAUACAUUCGACAGCAUCAUGGUACAUUUUACACCCCAGAGGGAACUCUGCAGGCUAUAAUCCGCGAUGUUUGCCAGCCCGUGGCUCCAUGGCAUGAUCACAGCAAGGGUUAUCCAGAGAUGAGUGAAGAAGAGCGCACUAAGUUGACUGGGAAAGACAUUGACAGACUAUGCAAUGAUGUCCCUUGCCAGGAUAGCGACGGUGAUUUUUUCAAUGGGUCAAUCUGCGCUUUGAAGAUCUAUCCCAUGAUUUCAUUUGAGCCCACCGAUGUUCCUGAGUAUUCCAAUCGUCCUUGGUUGCGUAAGAUAGCCCAUGCCGACUCCCAUGGUCAGAACAUUGAGGACUUCACUUUGUCCAUAGUUGGGACUCUGUCCACUAUGGCCCGAUUCUGGAAUGAAAACUUGGAUGGUGAAAAGCGCCGAGUUUACGAUGCAUUUUGCCCUGGGAGAUGUUGCAUGGAUUUUGCAAUGUCAAUUGGAGCUGAACGACCUAAUUCUUAUUGGUCUAUGAAGAUGUCCGGUCGCAUGGGAAUUCUUUUCCUUUGUGGAGCAGUCGAGCGAAAAGGACUCCGAGCAGCUGAAUCUAUGGGUCUGACUUUGGAGAAAUACAAACAACGUCGCGAGCAAGAGAAGCAGUCGAUGACAGAGACAGUGUUAGUCCCGGAUACUAGCAUUGGAGCCCCUCCUGGUUCCAUGACCUUACCUCAGGAGUCUAAUCCGGGCCACGAUUAUGAUUGGCACCCAGUUUACAACUCAGAUGGAAAGUUACUUCGCUGGGAAAAAACAAUCUGGCCUGGCUUCAGCUACGAGUUCGUCGAAGAGCGGGGGGAGCGUGGUCUAGGGGACUUGGCUCGCUUGACAUGCGGAACAACAAUGCGUAGAGAAGAGCUCAUGUGUAUGCAAGGAAUAGCAGGAUUCAUAGCUCAACAUCAGAAACCACUGCGCGAUCGAUAUUUGGCAUAUUGUGCUGAGAAGAGACACGGCGACAUCCGCUCAGAGGCCUUUACUUCAUUGAAGUACAGUGCAGGCUUGAUCAACCCAGUUUGGCGUCGCAACAUCUCCCUUGUUCAGCGAGUUGUGGGUCCUCGCUGGGAGCAGCAGAUCGAACGUUUGCUCUUCGGGGUAUACAACGAUGAGAGAUUAUUCUGGCCUGAGGGAACAAAGGAGGGCCCCUUAGUUAAGCAGUUCCUCCAGCGCGAUGCCCCCAGCAACGACCCGGUCCCUCCCUCAGAGUUGAUUGGGCGUAUAAACUCUGUGGGGCAGUUGGUGUUUAUGCACGAGGAACCUACAUUGGUCAAUCCUUCCGCUGAGAACUCAUCUCCAAUCCUGGAUUACGGCCACAUGACUUCUACGGCCUACCGAGGCAAGCGAGGCGAUGUUUCUUGGAAGCGGUACUCAACCCGCGAAUUUGCUUGCAAAGAGUUCUUGUAA